GAAUUUGGCUACAAUGGCAGCAGCACAGAGGUCACAGCCAACACUUGACUUCUGCGGUGAUGAGCACUCAACCACCCUCUUGCAGGGUUUGCAGGAACUGCGGUCUGAAAACCUGCUAGUAGAUGUCAUCCUUUGUGUCUCCGGAAAAGAGAUCCCGUGCCACAGAAAUGUACUCGCUGCUUGUAGUGGAUAUUUUCGUGCAAUGUUCUGCAAUGGGCAUCGCGAGAGCAAGGAGCAUAAGGUUGUCAUUCAUGAAGCCAGCGCCAGUGCCUUGCAGCUUCUUGUUAACUAUGCCUACACAUCAAGGGUGACCAUCACAGAAGACAACGCUCUAGAACUGAUGAAAGGGGCCAGUUUUUUCCAGGUUCCACCAGUCAGCGAUGCAUGCACCAAGUUCCUAUCAGACACUCUAAGUGUCAAAAACUGUUUAAAGAUGGUUAACCUAGGUGGCAUGCUGAACCCCACCCUGGAGGCCAAGGCAUUGUCGUAUGCCAUGAAAGAGUUUGCAGCAGUCAGCAAAACACCAGAAUUCCUUGAUUUGACAAAAGACCAGCUCAUCAAACUCGUCUCAUCAGAUGACCUGAACGCUCCUGAGGAAACUGUGUACACAGCAGUGAUGAAAUGGAUCAACCAUGACACAAGGAAGAGGAGGAAGGAGAUGAAGGAGCUGAUGGCACUGAUCCGGUUCCCUUUCAUGGACAAGAUGUACUUCAUGGACAAGGUGGAAACAGAAAAGACACUGCGCAAGUGCUGCCCAGACCUUGUGUCAGAAGCUCGCAAGUACCACGUAUUUCCAGGGGAAGUCCAGUCACCUCGCACCCGUCCCCGCCGUGCCAGUGGUCUGAGGGAGGCGGUAGUGAUCGUUGGAGGGAUAGUGAAACUAGGAGGAAGUUCAGGAAACACUGUACUUUCCAGCAGCAAUUCCAUUGUGAUGACACACUCCUCAGCACCAUCAAGCACAAGCUGGGUUUCUAUGACCGAAAUGAAGAGGAACAAUGACUAUGGAUUUGCAGUGGCUAUUUUAGGCACAAGUGACAUCAUGGUGUCUGUUGGUGGGCUUAUUUGCAAGGAUGUGUGGCUUUAUCAGGCAAAGCUGAACUCCUGGUCAAAACUUGCUGGGAUGAACAUGGUAAGGGACUAUCACAAGCUAGCAGUAGUGCAGGGUAAGGUGUAUGCAAUUGGUGGCAGAGGCAAAGGUGCAUCGCUAAAUGUACUUGCAGAUGUGGAAGUCUAUGACCAAAGCCUGAACAAAUGGACCGAAGGUGUUCCACUCCCACAGCCAAGGUACCUGAAUGCAGUUGCGGCAUUAGAUGGUAGCAUAUAUGUGAUGGGUGGACGUGGCGUUGACAACAAAUCAACAUCUACUUCAUAUCGCUUCAGUCCAGGAGACACCCAGUGGCAUCCAGCAAAGGACAUGCCUGUGAAGGCUGAUUUCAUCACGGCUACAGUUCUCAGGUAUGUUGCUGGGCUUCCAACAAGAGUUCUCUGUUACAGGCCUCAGGAGGCCCUGUGGACUGUUGUAGCAAACACUGGUACUGGACCUAGAUGUGGUAUGACUGUCUUUGGUGGGGAGAUUUACAUCUAUGGAGGCAAGAAUCAAGAUGAUGGAACAACAGAGGUUUUGCAACUUAAUCCAGAUGACAGAUCACUUAAGCAGGGCUUGCAGGAACUGCGGUCUGAAAACCUGCUGGUAGAUGUCAUCCUUUGUGUCUCCGGAAAAGAGAUCCCCUGCCACAGAAAUGUACUCGCUGCCUGCAGUGGCUACUUCCGCGCAAUGUUCUGCAACGGGAAUCUUGAGAGCAAGGAGCAUAAAGUCGCCAUUCAUCAAGCGAGUGCCAGUGUCUUGCAGCUUCUUGUUGACUACGCCUACACGUCAAGGGUGACCAUCACAGUAGACAACGCUGUAGAAAUGAUGGAAGCUGCCAGCUUCUUCCAGGUUCCACCAGUCAGUGAUGCAUGCACAAAGUUCCUAUCAGACACAAUAAGUGCCAAAAACUGUCUUGGGAUGGUCAAGGUAGGUGGUAUGCUGAACCCCACCCUGGAGGCCAAGGCAUUGUCCUAUGCCUUGAAAGAGUUUGGAGCUGUCAACAAUACACCAGAAUUCCUUGAUUUGACAAAAGACCAGCUCAUCAAACUUGUCUCAUCAGAUGACCUGAACGCUCCUGAAGAAACUGCGUACACGGCAGUUAUGAAAUGGAUCAACCAUGACACCAGGAACAGGAAGAAGGAGAUGAAAAAGCUGAUGGAACUGAUCCGGUUCCCCUUCAUGGACAAGAUUUACUUCAUAGAAAAGGUGGAAACCGACAAAAUAUUGCGCAAGACCUGCCCGAAUCUCCUGUCAGAAACUUUGAAGUACCACGCAUUCCCAGGGGAGGUCCAGUCACCACGCACCCGUCCCCGCCGUGCCAGUGGUCUGAGGGAGGCGGUAGUGAUCGUUGGGGGGAUAGAGAAAGAAGGAAGUAAAGAAAACUCUUCAGUUGACAACAAUUCCAUCGUGAUGACCCACUCCUCAGCACCAUCAAGCACAAGUUGGGUUCCCAUGACGGCAAUGAAGAAAGUGAACGACCAUGGAUUCGCUGUGGCCGUUUUGGGCACAAGUGACAUCAUGGUGUCUGUUGGUGGGUUUGAUUGCAAGGAUGUGUGGCUAUAUCAGGCAAGACUUGACUCCUGGUCAAAACUGGCUUCGAUGAACACAGCCAGGGACUAUCACAAGCUAGCAGUGGUGCACGGUAAAGUGUACGCAAUCGGUGGCAGAAUCUACCACUCGACGCUACAUGUAACUCCAGCCGAUGAUGUGGAAGUCUAUGACCGAAGCCUGAACAAGUGGACCGAAGGUGUUCCACUCCCAGAGCCAAGGUACCUGCAUGCAGUUGCCGUGCUAAAUAGUAGCAUAUACGUGAUGGGUGGGCGUGAUGCUGAGGACAAUGCAACAUUCACAAUGUACCGCUUCAGUCCAGGAGAUUCUCAGUGGCAUUCAGAAGCAGCAAUGGAUGUGAGGGCUGAUGACAUCACUACUACAGUUCUCAAUGGCAGAAUCUACGUCGCUGGGCUUCCCUCAAAAGUGCUCAGAUAUACACCUAAUGGUUAUGGCUACAGUUGGAAUGUGUUAGUCAACACUGGUACUGGAUCCAGAUGCGGUAUGACUGUCUUUGGUGGGGAGAUUUACAUCUAUGGCGGCGCUAACGAUAACGAUGAAGGAACAACGAAGGUUUUGUGGCUGAAUCGAAAACAGAGGUCGCUCAAGCAAGUGGGAACCUUGCCCAGGGUUCUGUUCGGCCAUGGUUGUGUCACUAUACUGAAGGGAUGAGGGUGAACUUGUCAAGCAGCUAGGACCAAUUGUCAAUGGAUGGUGUUUGUGCUUAAGAUUAUUAGAUGAUGUUUAAUGUAGAAUGUCAUGUUGUAAGUCAAUAAGUGAGGCUUAUGAAGUAAUAUGUAUGAGGAUGAAACAGACAAUCACAUAUCCUUUUUGGCAACAUGUUUAAACAUUUAAUGUAGCAGCAUGUUCUAAGUGUUUUCAUCACAAAUCAGUUUGAUUACAGUACAAGAAAUUUGAAAUCUUGAAUCAAGGAAGAACAUUAUUAUAGGCUGUGCAAUUAAGAUAAACUUGAAAAGGGACAUGAUUAGGUCUUUGUUAACCCAUGUGAUCCACCCACCCCUUUUUAGUUUCCGAUGAAUUAUCGUCUCCUCCAUACAGGGCUAUAGUUACUAGCGAGUAUAAUUAUUUCAUUAACAUUUGUUUGUUAAGGAAAGUACAUUGUCACCUAUUGUUACCUGUUCACCUGUAUUAAACAAAGAGUACCCCCAUUAUAUCUAUACAGUAUCUGUGGAUGGUGGUAUCUAAGUAUUUUACGAUGUAACAUGUUUUUAUUUUGCUCUUUGUAAUUACCUACUAGUCGUAAUGAUUAUUAAAGUUCUGUUGUUGAAA